GCAGGCUCUUCCGGGGCUGGGACAGCUGUGGGCGGCAGGAUGCCACGAUGCCUGCAAACUCAUAAAUACCGCCGCCGCACGGGUGGUCAGAGACGCGCGUGCGGGCAGCUGGCGCCCCCGAGGCAUCCGGGUAACCAUCCUGCCUCCCUCCCCCCGGCAUUGCCUGCGCUCCCUCCACUCUGUCUCCCAGGCUCUUCGCGUGUUCCUGACCUUCGCGCUGUUCCGGAAUCUGAGCUACUGUGGACCCCUCCCCUCCCCCAUCUGUCCCUCACCGUCCCCUUACCAUGCGCCUCCUUUGUCUCUGCUCGUCCUGCUGCUGUGUGCUCCUGUUUUUCUCCCUCGGAGUGCGAGGGGCCCCAGAGGCUCCCAGGGCCCCCCCUGAGCAAGUCCACCUGUCCUACCCGGGUGAGCCAGGCUCCAUGACGGUAACCUGGACCACAUGGGUCCCCACCCACUCUGAAGUGCAGUUCGGCCUACAGUUGACGGGGCCCCUGUCCCUCCGGGCCCAGGGCACCUUCAGCCCCUUCGUGGAUGGGGGCGUGCUCCGGCGGAAGUUCUAUAUACACCGAGUCACGCUGCGGGGGCUGCUGCCGGGGGUCCAGUACGUUUACCGCUGUGGCAGUUCUCGGGGCUGGAGCCGUCGGUUCCGCUUCAGGGCCCUGAAGAACAGUCCCCACUGGAGUCCCCGCCUGGCUGUGUUUGGGGACCUGGGGGCUGACAACCCGAAGGCCUUACCCCGGCUGCGCAGGGACACCCAGCAGGGCAUGUACGAUGCUGUUCUCCAUGUGGGAGACUUUGCCUACAACAUGGAUCAGGACAACGCUCGCGUCGGCGACAAGUUCAUGCGGCUCAUCGAACCUGUGGCCGCCAGUCUGCCCUACAUGACCUGCCCUGGGAAUCAUGAAGAGCGCUACAACUUCUCUCACUACAAGGCUCGCUUCAGCAUGCCGGGGAACAACCAAGGCCUGUGGUACAGCUGGGAUCUGGGCCCCGCGCACAUCAUCUCCUUCUCCACCGAAGUGUAUUUCUUCCUCAAUUAUGGCCGCCACCUCGUAGAGAGACAGUUCCACUGGCUGGAGAGCGACCUCCAGAAAGCCAAUAAGAACCGGGCGGCCCGGCCGUGGAUCAUCACCAUGGGCCACCGGCCCAUGUACUGUUCCAAUGCAGACUUGGACGACUGUACAUGGCACGAAAGCAAGGUUCGCAAAGGCCUCCUUGGCAAGUUGUAUGGGUUGGAGGACCUUUUCUACAAACAUGGGGUCGACCUGCAGCUGUGGGCUCAUGAGCACUCGUACGAACGGCUGUGGCCCAUUUACGACUACCAGGUGUUUAAUGGCAGCCGAGACAUGCCGUAUACCAACCCCCGAGGCCCCGUCCACAUCAUCACUGGAUCUGCUGGCUGUGAGGAGCGGCUGACCCCCUUCUCCCUCUUCCCGCGGCCCUGGAGCGCCUUGCGCGUGAAAGAGUACGGGUACACGCGGCUGCACAUCCUCAAUGGAAGCCACAUCCACAUCCAGCAGGUGUCCGAUGACCAGGACGGGAAGAUUGUGGACGACGUCUGGGUGGUGAGACCCCUGCUUGGCCGGAUGAUGUACCUCUAGGCCCAGGGGCAGCCCUGGUCAGGAGCCCUGGGCCUUGCUGCCUUGGCUAGUGUGACCGGACGCUGCCCAGGCCCGGGUGGAGAGUCAGGGCGGGCCUUGUCUCCCAGCCCUUCUGAGGCCCCAUGUGGGGUGGACACAGCCCUCGGGGAGCUGGGGCCGCUCUCCCCUCCUGGAGAGGUGGGGGUGCCCUCUGGCUGUAACGAGAGGGCAGGUGUACAGGAACCGAGUGAGGCGGGCGCUGGGCAGCCCUGCUCUCCUGCAUAGCACUGAUGGGGCGGGGCGCCCACAGGGCCUCUGGAAUAAAGAGGCUCAUCGCUGCGACUCUGCACUUCCGCUGGGGGUGCCCCCUGGCCCGUCUCCUCUGCCUCCCCCGCCAUCACCCGCCCGGAGUCAGCAGGGUGGGCACGGCCGUCAUGACACCACUCUCCGGCAGGUGGCGCUGGUGACUCUCUCCUGGGCGGGCCUUCCGGCCCAAGGCGUGCCAACCGGUGUUGCUUUGUGCCUCAGUUUCCCAGCCCAGCACUGGUUUAUCCUGGAGGGGAGAAGUGUUAACACUCCUAGUGUUAGUCCUAGUCUGUGUAAGCCUCCAAGCUAGUGGUGUUUACACGGACCUGCCUGUUUUUUUCCCCUUUCCCCUUCCUCUUCUCCGCCCCCUCUGUCUUUCCCCCUGACCAUUAUUUACUGGGCGUCUACCCCCAAAGCAGAGAAGGGCCAUGACGGGGGACACUUGCAAUUUUCACCAGGACAAUCAGGGAGACCUCACUGAGAGGGUGACAUUUGAUCUGAAGGAGUCAGAGGGAGUAGCCACAGGACCAGAGUGUUCUGGGCAGAGGAACGGCCAGUGCAAAGGCCCUGAGACAGAAAUGUGGCUGGCCCUGCCGGGGUGUCGAAGUGGAAGUGGAGGCCGGGGCAGCUGGGGCAGAGUGAGUGAGGGGGAGAGAGGGGCAGAGAGGGGUGACAGGGAAAGAUCAGAGGACUUUGUCCUCUAUCCUAUGUGCAGUGGAGCCACAGGAGGGCUCUGAGCUGGUGACAGACCUCCAACUCCAGGAAUCCGAGGCCGAGCUGGGCUCCAGCCCCAGGGCUCAGGGCUUCCCUGAGGUAGCCCGUGGGUCCCCAGCUCUGCAGGCUCACCUUGUCUUAAUCGCUCUAUGAGAUGCACGGGCUCAGCUUUCUAAAACCAGCCCAUCCCCGGGGUGACACUUUCUGGGGGGGUGGGUCUGUCUCCCCCACUGGACUGUCCAUCCCGGGAGGGCGGUGCCCAGGGCUCUCCCCGGCAUAGGCCAGCACAAGGUAGGUGCUUAAUAAAUAUUUAUUGUCUUACUGAUGGCCACCAUAUGCCAGGCUCCGGCGGGGCGAUGCCAGGGACACGCCGGGGACAGCAAUGAAUCCGCCCCCGUCAGGCCCUGUAGGAGUUCACGGGUGAGCAGAGAAACACAGUUACCCAACGCCGGUGACAAACAAUGAGGGAAUGCCACAGAGGGGUGCACCCAGCCCGUGAAGUCACCCGCUGGGCAGUCGUUGCCCUGAGCUGGUGCCCGUGUGGGCCUGGCCUGUUCCAUCCCAGGCCUGGGGGAGGCUGUGAACGUGCCUGGGCGGUGGGGUCCACAGAGAGCAAAGGCCCGGCACUGGGUUUUUGAAUCUCAGCUCUGCCCCUUCCUGUGGGGUGUGAGGUCACCAGCCCACUCUGAACCUCUGUUUUAUCAUCUGUCACAAAAGGAGGAUCACACAUUAUGGGGUUGCCUUGGGAUUAAAUGAGUCUGAAAGCCUUGGG